GAAAGUGGAAAUUAAUAAUUUUCUCCAAUUGACGGGUGGAAAAUCAAACGAGAAAGUGGAAAGCUACACAUUUUUCAUAGGAAAGCUCAUGAGAAAUUGCAGCCUGGUCGAACUCUAUAUAUACACCCAAAAAGAACACCAUACUUAAGCAAAUUGAGCAGUCUGUGCUGCCAGAUACAAAUAUGAGCAGUAGAAUUUCCCUGCUGUUUUUGUUCUGCCUUGGUUUGCAGUUCACCAAUGCUACCGUCACUGAUACUAUCCGACCAGGACAAUCACUGACCACAUCGGACUACAUUCAAUCUGCCAACGGAAGGUACAAACUGGGUUUCUUUUCUCAAAAAAACUCGAUAAAGUAUCACGUGGGAAUACGGUUCUCUAAUGCUUCUGACCGCAACGUAGUUUGGGUUGCAAACAGGGAGCAGCCAUUCCCAAACUCCUCUGCCGUUCUUACCUUCAACGCGGAUGGGAAUCUUGCAAUAUGCGAUGGCAGAUUGUUGCAGUACCUUCUGAUCACUAACGUCGCUUCAGGUGGCAACAAUACCUAUGCCAGGCUAUUAGAUACAGGUAAUCUUAUACUGAACAACACGGCCUUAGGUAUUUUGUGGCAGAGCUUUGACCAUCCUACAGAUACUCUUUUGCCCGGAAUGAUGAUUAAAGAUAAUAAGACAGGAUGGUCAUUAACAUCAUGGAAAAGCAAUGAAGACCCUGAUCCUGGUCUUUUCUCUCUGCAUCUGGGUUCUCGGAAAGAACUAAUCGUAAUGAAGGGGUCUGAACCAUACUGGACUACUCCACUCAUUGGUCAGCUAGCUGAUAUGUUCGACAUUUAUGGGGACUACAUUUCUUACACUACUAGUAAUAAUUAUCCUUCUGAUUUUAAAAGAGUGUCGUUGAGUGUAAAAGGGGAGCUUCGACUGCAGACAAUAUCGUCAAACAGUUUCCAAUCUUCAAGUUUGUCCGGAUCAUUAAAGUGUGGGGCUUAUGCUUUCUGCGGUGAGUUCAGCAUAUGCAGUGAGACAGCCGCUGAGCCAUGCGACUGUUUGCCAGCAUUCAAACCCAAUACUACUCUAGGAUGUAAGAGAAAAACAGAUUUUCCGUGCAGCGAUGUUGUUCAGAAACCUGGGUUUCUUCCCAUUUCUAAAGUUUUUUUGCCCAGUAAUCCCCAGCCGUUGCAGUACGUUGGCAACGCUUCAGAGUGCGAAUCAGCUUGCUUGAUAAACUGCGAUUGUACCGGUUAUGCUUAUGAUCAAGAGCAUCGCUGCCUGGUAUGGGAAGGUCCUCUGUUAAAUAUGAAACAAUUCUCAGAAGAUAAUACAUAUAAACAAGACUUCUAUCUGAAACUUGCUCGUCCGGACUUGAUUCUCAAAGACACAAACUCAACGAAUGCAACUGUAACAGAUACAGGAUUUAAGAAUUUGAAGGAUAUAUGGAAAAUUGUCUUUCCGACUGCAUCCAUCGCAGUGGUUGUUACAUUGGGCCUUUGUAUUUAUUAUGUGAGGAGAAAGCUGAGAAGGAAGGGGGAGGAUUUGUUACUGUUAGAUUUGGGCAUGACCCUAAAGGCUAAUAAUUCGGAGCAUGGAGAAGUCCAAAUGCCCUUAUUCAGUUUCGCAAGUGUUUCUGCUGCAACUGAUAAUUUCUCAUAUGCAAAUAAGCUCGGUGAGGGUGGUUUUGGACCUGUUUACAAGGGAAUCUUACUCAAAGGGGACGGGGUAGCUGUAAAAAGGCUUUCAAAAAGAUCUAGGCAAGGUUGGGAGGAGCUAAAAAAUGAAGCAAUGCUCAUAGCCAAGCUCCAACACAAGAAUCUUGUUAGACUUUUGGGUUGCUGCAUUGAACGAGAUGAAAAGAUACUAGUUUAUGAGUAUAUGCCCAAUAAAAGCUUGGAUCUCUUCCUUUUUGAUGAUGAGAAGCGCAAGAUAUUAGGUUGGAGGACUCGUGUUGGAGUCAUUGAAGGAAUUGCUCAAGGACUUCUUUAUCUUCAUCAAUAUUCCAGACUAAGGAUUAUUCAUAGGGACUUAAAGCCUAGCAAUAUCUUGUUGGACAUCAAUAUGAAUCCCAAGAUAUCAGAUUUCGGAAUGGCAAGAAUAUUUGGCGGAAAUGAGUCACAAGCAAAUACAAAUAGGAUUGUCGGCACUUAUGGUUAUAUGUCCCCUGAAUAUGCUUUGGAAGGCCUCUUUUCAAUCAAAUCCGAUAUUUUUAGUUUUGGCGUCAUAUUGUUAGAGAUUGUGAGUGGCAGGAAGAAUACUGGUUUUUAUCAAACUGACUGUUUCCAUCUUAUUGGAUAUGCAUGGGAAUUAUGGACAAGUGAUAGGGGAUCAUACUUGGUGGAUCCACUACUUGAUGAUAUAUCCUCUACGCAGAUGGUAUUGAGAUAUGUUAACAUAGCUCUCCUAUGUCUUCAAGAAAGUGCAGAUGAUAGACCUACCAUGUCUGACAUUGUCGCCAUGCUUAACAAUGAAAGUGGAGUUCUACCUUAUCCCAAGGAACCUGCUUUCUUAAAUAUGAGAAGUAUGUUGAAGGCAAACCCAAUUAAUAGCAGCAUGAUAGAAAUCUAUUCUGUGAGCGGUGCAACAAUUUCAAUUAUGGAAGGCCGGUAACAUUUGCAAGUCUAGCCGUAAGUGUUCCUAUUCCCCAAGUAAAUUGUUAGAAAACAUUCAAUCUUUUUGCCUAUGGUCUAUAGCAUUAUUCAAUUGUGUAUUGAAUAUUUGGAUCUUUUGCCAUAUAAUGUGGAAUUAUAGUUUUUAAUA